AAUUUUUUUCAAUUCAUUCAUUAAUUAACUAAACGCUGAUUGCUAAAGUGUUUUAAUAUUACAACCCUCGUUAUUUUUAAUAAAAUACAUUAAAAUUAAGGCUAAUGUGAGUUAUAAUUACAAUAAAUCGUGAAAAAAACGAACAAAAAAAUUAAAUAAGAAAACAAUUAACGUAACCAACCAGUGCUAUUAGCAACAACCCCAACAACAACACAAAACCUAUACUAGACAAAAUUUCAAUGAAUUUUAUAAAAUUCCAAAAACUUUUAGGAAAAUUUAUGUUGGUAAAUUUUCGUUUAAGAUUUAUGUUUCUUUUCCUUGUGAUCCUAUGUAUAAUUGGUGUAAUAUUUACUCUAUAUCAAAAACCCGAUAUACGUUUGUGUUUCGUUGAUUCUCCCAAUGUAGUGCAGUCACAAAGUGUUGGUAAUGAAAAUUCCUCGUCAGAUUUAUGGGGUAUAGAAAAACUGGAAGAUAUUUUGCUGGCCAAAAUACAACCUACACCAGGUAAAAGUAUAUUUUUUCAUGAAACCUCUUGUCCCCAACUGCAAAAGAACUUAAAAACACUCAACUCAAUUGAUAAAGAGGCGUUUCAUUGGCAUAUGGUAAAACUAAAUGCUAGACAGGCAUGUGCUAUAGAAUCGGCUGCCCUUCACAAUCCUAAUUCACAAGUAUUUGUAUUAUUUGCUAGUCCUCGCUAUAAGUAUAAUAAUAGUAAUCGUAAUAGUAGUUCAGUCCAGGGUUCAGAAGAAGCUUUAAUAGAUGCUAUUUUAUCCUAUAAAAAUGUCCAGUUGAGAAAUCUUAAUUUAUGGACUUAUGCAGCUAAUACACCCAUUUAUGAUUGGCUAAAGGAUGGAGCAUUGUUUAAGUCGAGUUAUGUCCUUUCACAUAUAUCCGACUUUUUACGUUACUUAACCCUCUGGCGUUGGGGUGGCACUUAUCUAGAUAUGGAUAUUGUUAUGUUACGUUCAAUGGAAGAUUUACCACCCAAUUAUACAGGCGCUGAAUCUAAUACUCAUUUAGCAGCCGGUAUUAUGAACUUUGACUCGGAUGGUUUUGGUCAUGAAAUCGCCUAUCAAUGUUUACAAAAUUUUCAACAAACUUUCGAUGGCAGCAAUUGGGGCAAUAAUGGUCCGGGUGUUAUAACAAGAGUUAUAAAGAAAAUUUGCAAUACAAAUAAUAUAGAAUUAAUGAUGGAUACAAAACGUUGUAUGGGUUUUAAGGUAUUUGGCAUAGAUGCAUUCUAUGCCAUACCCUGGCGUCAAUGGGAACAUUUCUUUGAGCCAGAACUUGUUGAGCAAACAAUGGAACGUACGAAAAAUUCCUAUGUGGCUCAUAUAUGGAAUAAACAUUCGAUUAAACGACCCAUGAGAGUAGGUACAAAGUGUGCUUAUUGUUUAAUGGCUGAAAUGCAUUGUCCUCGUGUGUAUAAGGCAGCUGGUGAAUAUUUUUAAAUGUUUGUGUUAGUUUUUUUUUUUAAUUUUGUUAAACUAGUUUAAUUAUGGUGUAACAUCACAUUCCCUUCUAUCCUUAGUAAUUAUAUAUUUUAAUUAUUUAUUUUAUAUUUUUAUGUUUUUGUAUAUUGUACAAACUCAGUUUUUUUUUUAAAAUUAAGAAUCUCAAAAAAUUAUCUUUAAUCUCAUAAAUUUUGUUUUUAAUUUCUUAAUUCGAAUCUCAAAAAUUAUUAACCAUUUGCCGAACUUAAUAUUAAUAUUUCUUUUUGAAAUUAUUUAAACAACCAAAGCAAUUUUUUAAUGGACGCUUAUGUAUUUUAACUUUACUAUCUAUUAUAUGUACGUCUUUAUAUACAUAUAUAUAUUUUUUAUAUAUUUAUAUGUAUAAUAUUGUUUUAUUUAUAAAUGUAGUACACAAUUAUUUGUU